CUCCUCGCCGUCCGAGGGGCCGCCGGCAGCUUCCAAAGCCAAGGUGAAGGAGCAGAUCAAGAUCAUCGUGGAGGAUCUGGAAUUAGUCCUGGGGGAUCUGAAAGACGUGGCCAAGGAACUUAAGGAGUAAACUAUGCCACUCUGCUGAGGUAACUUGGUGGAGAGAUGAAUACCUGAAAUGAAAGGUGAAGGUUAAAUAGCAGGUGGAACGUAAACUCAGGUGGUUGACCAGAUUGACACGCUGACGUCAGACCUGCAGCUGGAGGAUGAGAUGACAGACAGUUCCAAAACGGACACGCUCAACAGCAGCUCCAGCAGCACAACGGCUUCCAGCUUGGAGAAGGUCAAGGUGCGGGGCAGUGCCCCCCUCAUCAAGCCGCCUGCGCACCCCUCCGCUAUCCUCACUGUGCUGCGGAAGCCCAAUCCUCCCCCGCCUCCGCCGCGGCUGACGCCCAUCAAGUGCGACGAGCCUCCCAGGGUGCCUCCUUCAGCCAACCCCGUCAAGACCAACGGUACCCUGCUGCGGAACGGGGGCUUGCCGGUUGGGCUAAAUCGCAUCCCCAAUGGAGAUAUUUGCUGUAUACCGAAUAGUAACUUGGAGAAGGUUGGGAUGCAGCCUCUGAUGCACAGAGCUGAGAAAGAGCGGUGUCCUCAGCCGGGAGCGAGGGAACGGGUACGAUUUAGUGAAAAAGUGCAGUACCACGGCUAUUGCCCGGACUGUGAUGUUCGGUAUAACAUUAAAAACAGGGAGGUGCACUUGCACAGCGAGCCUGCACGUGUCAUGGGAAAGCUGCCACACCAGUGCCCUCCUCUGCCACCUCCACCCCCUCCGCUGCCUCCGUUUCCUCUGGAAAAUGGAGGGUUGGGGCUAGGUCCCAGUAAUAGCUUUCCUCCUCCAAGACCUGCGACUGUGCCUCCACAAACUGCACCAAAACCCCAGAAGACCAUCUUGAGGAAAUCAACCACUACAACAGUGUGAUGUAUGCCACUUGAAACAACUCUUUGUUUUUUCCUAUAUAUAAACAUAAAUAGGUAAUGAGCACUUUCUACUUGAGCAAUAAAAAGACCCAAUGUAUUACUCCCUGUGUCCAGUGAAGUGGCAUAAAAAUCACAUGCACCUUCAGGCUUGAAGGAGUAUCUAUAUCUGGAGGCACGUCAGUUAAUUUCUUGCAUAUCAGAUUCAUCAUUGUGACUUCUUGCAGGCCAGAUCUGAGAAGUAAUCAGGAACCUGACCCUCCUCGGAGAAUGGAAAAGCCCUUCAAGUCAGAGCACAACUGAUCAUGAGUGUAAUCUGCAUUGAAUCAUUUUUCUCAGAUCUGACAGCUACACAUUGAGUCCUGGCAAAAGCCACAGCCUUAAAUUCCAUUUAGUGGGAAAGAAGAAAAAAGAGGACUAAAUGUCUUGCCCCGUUGCAGAAACUGCUCUCUCCAAGCCUGACAUUUGAGUUCUGUGCUGAGCAACCAGUGUAACAAACAAUGGGUUUUUCAUGGGUCCAGCCAGCAUCCAAAAAUAUUUCAAUAUGUAGCCAAAAGGAGUAAUGAAGUACUUAGGUGACAGCAGAAAAUGAAUACAUUUACUGUAACAGAGCAAUGUUACUGUCUGUGGGAAAACAAGACCUCUGUCAUCCCUUGUACAUAUUCAAAGCCAUACAGGAACAAGGCAUCAGUGACAUUAAAUUGAUUAAAAGGAUGCUGUCUCCUGUCCUCCACCCAACUUUGAAGAAGUUCAGCUGUUAGAGAUUGCAUCUCAAUGCACUUCCAGUAUUUGCACUGUCACUUCCAUUCAGGGUAAUGAUGUGCGCCACCAUUUGCACAGAUGGCCCCAGGAGAUGUUUGACCACCACAAGCUAUAUUUUGCCGGGGCUCCAAAAGGAAUUAAAAAAUUAGGACUGAAGAAAAACAUUUGCGCUCUUUUUCACAAUGGGGAUCUCUUCACAGAAAGGACUACGGUCCUUUCUUUGGUUUAAAUAAAUACAUACAUAUACAUACAUAUAUAUAUAUGUAUAUAUAUGAAAAAGCAUCAACAUGAUAAGGUGUAUUUAAAAAGGGGAUAUAAUCUUUUUUAAUAGCAUCCAUUUUUUAUCAUAUUAGCAGCCAAGAAAUUUAGUCCAUUGAAUUACACAUCCAAAAUGUUCCUAUUGAACAUUGACAUUUAGUCCCAGUUACUGUUAAAUAAGUCAUUUGUAAUAUGUAUUUGACAUAAAUUUUUUCUAGCCAUUUGUCUAUACUUCAUGGAGAAAUCUAACAGACAAGCAGCAUUUUUCGUUUAUUUUUCUAAAUAAAUGUGUUGUUUAUAUUAUUUGCAGUCACUCAUUUUGGCUGUUUUUCAUUAUCUCCAAAAAUGAUUUAAAGACAGAACCAAAACACAGGAAUUGUUUGUUCUUAUUAAGCUAUAAUGAUUUGCUGACCGAAAGCUUUAAUAUAAAUACUGUAAUUUGUAAAAUGAUUAAGUAUAUUUAUACAGGCAAAUAUGUAUGGAAAACAAGAGGAGGUAUUUUAACUCUUAAUUUCAGAACAUAGUUUAUUUUAAUAUCCACAUAAAGAAAUCUAAAGUUAUAAUGGGAUAGAUUUUUUAUUAUCAGUGGGUUUUAGCAAGUGAAGAUUUGAAUGUUUAAGAAUUAAAGGAAUGUACUCUAAUAAUGGUGGUUUCCCAGAAUUACACAGAGACCUUUUGACAGCUGUCUCAUUUUAUUCAAACUGGUUUAGGUUUUUUGGGUUUGGUCUUUUUUGAUGUGCGUGUGUGUUAGGCCUUUUUCGGUUUUUUUUGUUUAUUUUAAGAUACUGACAAGGCCAUGAAGUUGAUACUAUUUGAUCACAAGCAAUUUGAGAAGCUAGCAAAUAAGAGGUUGUUUCAUAGAACAAUCUGCAGUUUACAGUUAAGAACAGUUGUUGUUAUCCAUCUACUGCAGUGUUUUGUUAUUGAAUUAUUGAACAUUUUAAUGCUAGAGCUGUUUUGAAUAAAAAUAUAUUUUUCCUUUUUUCUUA